GGAAGGCGAGGUCCGCAUCAUCUCCAUGGCGCAGUGCCAGUCCUACUUUGACAUGAAGACCAUAACUCCCAGGAUGCUUUGCGCCGGCUACGAAGCAGGAACCGUGGACUCCUGCAUGGGCGACAGCGGCGGCCCGCUGGUGUGUGAGGAAGAGGAGGGUGAGGGCUGGACGCUCUUCGGCCUGACGUCCUGGGGCAGCGUCUGCUUCAGCAAGGUGCUGGGACCCGGCGUCUACAGCAACGUGACCCACUUCACGGCCUGGAUCCAGCAGCAGAUCUACGUCCACAGCUUCCUGCCCGACUGACGCCGCAGGAAGUGAUGUCACUGACUGUGCCUGAUCCACAGAACCUCUGCAUCCGUCCCACUGGACCUCCUCGUGUUUUCAUUUCAACCAGAUGGGUCCCACUUCUUUCAUUUUCAAAUUAAGAGCCUUUUCCUCGUUCAAAACAUCCUGAAGGUUUUCAUUCAUGUUUAUUUGAUUUAUGUUGUUUGUUGUGUUUCAGCUGCUGAUCCUGAAACUGUUUGUUUCCAGUUAAGUCAAAACUAAAAUCUUUAUUUUUAUAAAUGUAAACUUGUUUAAAGUCCAGCAUCAACGUCUCUGGGGUGUUUAAACUGUAAAUUAUUUCAAACAGAAACUCGGAGGGAAAAACCUCCAUUUACACCUGGAGGAUCUUUUAACAGGAAAUUUUAUUUCUUAUGAUUUUUUUAUGAUUUUUCCAGAAAAUCUCAAGUGAUCAGAAACGACUUCCCGUCUCUUCCGACUCGGGUGCCUGAAAUUUUCUCCAUUUCAGGUUGUUUGCUGAAAUCUGACUGUAAUUGAACAACGUUAAUCACUGAGGACUCAACUUCCCACAAUGCUUCACUCUGCAAUCAAAGCUCAACCAUCCUGUUGUCUGUUGAUUAAUGAAAUGAAAACAUUUCUAAUUUAAAAACUGUUUUGAAAAUCAUGUGAAUAUUUGAUGAUUUUAGCUAAUUAAGCAUCUUUACAUGAACAUAAUGACAUUUAAACAGUUAUGAAUGAAACCGACAGGCAGAAACGUUGAAGAAAUUUACAUCUUUCUACACAAAUAUGUUAAUAUAGUUUAUCUAAAAUAUUCAUAUUUUAUCAUAUAACCAAGAGCAAAAAGACAGUAAAACCUGUUUAUUAGUAACUUUAUGUAUCAGGAGAAAUGUAAACAAAUAUUAACAGUAAAUUAGCUAAUUAUUGCAGUAAAAUCAUAUUUUUCUGUAUUUCAUUUAUAAAUAUAUCACUAACAUGAAAACGAUUCUCUGUGAUGUGAAGCACAGAUGUAGCACACCGACGCCAUAUUCCUGUUUUAUAUGAAGGCUAGCUCUGUUAGCAAAGCUCUGUUAGUGUUAGCUUUGUUAGCAUUAGCUCUGUUAGCACUAGCUCCGUUAGUGUAGCUCUGUUAGCACUAGCUCUGUUAGUGUAGCUCUGUUAGCGUAGCUUUGUUAGCACUAGCUCUGUUAGUGUAGCUCUGUUAGCAUUAGCCGUGUUUGUGUAGCUUUGUUAAAACCAAUAGAUUUAUUUUAUUCAUAAUCAUUAAUUAAGGUUUAAUGUGUUCACAAACAGAAUAACUAAAUGAAAAUGAACAUGUUUAAUUUUAUCUGAGCGUAAGUUUUUAAUGCAACUAGCUUGAUGCUAAUAAUUAGUUUUAGUAGGAAAAAUGGACUCAUCUUUACAUUUUCAUUGAAAACAUCUUCAGUCAUAAAGCCAGAAGUUAUAACAGUUUUAAACAGCACAAUUUAUUAUUUUGGCACAAAUGAACCCAAAUAAAGGAAAUCAGUUUAUCUGACUGAC